UUUUUUUUCAUUGUGAAUUCCGACAGUAAUACAUCCAGUCCAAGCCCUUCUCUCCGACCAGACAGCACAUAGAAAACCCAAUCUCUCCGAAAUGGGAAGGUGGUUAACAGUCUCAUCAUCAACCGUGGCUCCCUUAAGAUAUUCUAAAAAAUCCCCCUUUGUUAUUGCUUAUAAGCACCCAAAAGUCUCACUUCCAAUGAGUUCCAAUGCAAGUUCACGGCCUUGUAUCGGUUCUAACUCUGGGUUUUGUAGGACGCUGCCCUUUACCUUUAGAGCCUCUAGAACACUGUGCACAAAGGCUGUUUUAUCAGAGGUUCCCAAUCAGAGUCCAUUCUCUAAAGUUGGUGCAGAAUCCACAGGGCCCAUCCCUUCGGAGCAGCUUCUUCAGGUGGCUGCAACCGCCGCCGAGACUGGUGCUCAGGUUGUGAUGGAUGCGGUGAAUAAGCCUCGAAAUAUUGUCUAUAAGGAAGGACAAACUGAUCUGGUGACUGACACAGAUAGAAUAAGUGAGUCUGCUAUUCUGGAUGUCGUCCGAAAGAACUUCCAAGAUCACCUCAUUCUCGGGGAGGAGGGAGGAAUCAUUGGGGACUCAUCUUCUGACUAUCUUUGGUGCAUUGAUCCCUUAGAUGGGACCACAAACUUUGCACAUUGUUAUCCUAGCUUUGCUGUCUCCGUGGGUGUGCUUUUCAGAGGAAAACCAGCUGCUGCUACAGUGGUAGAGUUUGUCGGUGGACAUAAGUGUUGGAAUACUCGCACUUUUUCUGCAGCUGCAGGCAAAGGUGCCACUUGUAAUGGUGAAAAGAUUCACGUGAGUCCAACUGAUAAGGUGGAACGAUCGCUUCUGGUUACUGGGUUUGGGUAUGGACAUGAUGAUGCAUGGGCUACCAAUAUGGAGUUAUUCAAGGAAUUCACUGACAUCAGUCGGGGUGUGAGAAGGCUUGGUGCUGCUGCAGUGGACAUGUGCCAUGUAGCUCUGGGAAUUGUUGAAGCCUACUGGGAGUAUCGUCUUAAACCAUGGGAUAUGGCUGCCGGUGUUUUGAUAGUUGAAGAGGCUGGGGGAACAGUUUCUUGUAUGGAUGGGGCAAAAUUUAGUGUAUUUGAUAGAUCUGUCUUGGUAUCCAAUGGUGUGCUUCAUGCCAAGAUUGUUGGUGCACAUUUUACCAAUAUGGAAUUAUUAUGCAGCUUCUCGAGAGAAUUGGUCCAGCAACAGAGAAAUUGAAGAAGAAAGGAAUUGAUUUCUCAUUGUGGUAUAAGCCAGAAAAUUACCACACACAACUCUGAGAGAGAUUCCUAUGAUUAUGAAAUUAAGUUUGUAACUACUGAGUCCAAUAGUUUUCUUCUGCCCGAGUAAUUGAGAGAUUCGCAAACAAUUUGAAGCUGUUUUGAGUUCCCAUUGAACCCUGUACUCCUGCGUGCAGGAGAAAGUCUCUGUAAGAAUAAUAAGUACCCAAGGCUGUUACCAUUGAUCUAUAGUAAUGAUAGGAAUGGUGUCAGUGCUGGCUAAGACAUGAUUUUGAUGUAUCAUAAAAACCUGUAGGAUCUCUUUUCCAUUGGGACGAGUUAUGUUAUUGAAGAACACAUUAGAUUCUUUUAUGUCAAUUUAUAAAAUGGAAUUAGCCGCA